CCCCGCCUCUGGGCCGGGAGUCUCUCCGCUGGGGUGGAGGAGGCCGCUGCGGUGUGUCCUCGGCUCCGAUCCAGGCCCCAGAGCCCAGUGUGUCUGGGAAGGUGACCAUGAUGGAUGAGAGGGCCCGGUGAGGAGCAGAACUCUGAGAAGCUGCAAGUGUCUUCACAGUAAAAGGAUUCUCACGGGAAAGCUCAUGACAAAGGAGGUUCUAGAUGUUCAUUCCUCAAAAGUUGAGGACCUUAACACACUUGAAACUAAUGAUUCUGUAAGCAAGAAACACUUUAGAAAUUCUGGCUGGGCAGGCAGGAGCCACUAGAGAAGCUACAAUGACCUCAGCGCUCCUGGUGGAUAUACGAGAUGAAGUAACCUGCCCCAUCUGCCUGGAGCUCCUGACAGAGCCCCUGAGCAUAGACUGUGGCCACAGCUUCUGCCAGGCUUGCAUCAUGGGGAAUAGCACAGAAUCAGUGAUGGGCCAAGAUGGGGAAAGCAAUUGUCCUGUGUGCCAGACCAGCUACCAGCCUGGGGACCUGCGGCCAAAUCGGCACCUGGCCAACAUAGCGGACAGGCUCCGAGAGGUCGUGUUGGGCCCCGGGAUGCAGCUGGAGGGGAUUCUCUGUGUGCACCAUGGAGAGAAACUCCAGCUGUUCUGUAAGGAGGAUGGGAAGCUCAUUUGCUGGCUUUGUGAGCGGUCUCAGGAGCACCGAGGUCACCACACGGUGCUUAUGGAGGAGGUUGUCCACGAGUUCCAGGAGAAGUUCCAGGAGUCUCUGAAGAAGCUGAGGCUAGAGCAGCAGGAAGCUGAGAGACUGGCCACGGUUAUCAUAAGGAAGAGGACAUCCUGGAAGAAUCAGAUGGAACCCGAGAGACACAGGAUCCAGACAGAGUUUAAUAAGUUGAGAAGCAUCCUAGACAAAGAGGAGCAGCGACAGUUGAAAAAGCUGGAGGAGGAAGAGAGGAAGGGGCUGAGUAUUUUAGAAGAAGCUGAGAAUGAGCUGGUCCAGCAGAGCCAGUCACUGAGGGAGCUCAUCUCCAAUCUGGAGCUUCGGUGUCAGGGGUCAGCGCUGGAGCUGCUGCAGGAUGUGAGUGAUGUCAUGAAAAGAAGUGAGUUCUGGACCCUAAAGAAGCCAGAAGCUCUCCCUACUAAGCUGAAGAGUAUGUUUCGAGUUCCAGAUCUGAAAAGGAUGCUGCGAGUGUUCAGAGAACUGACGGAUGUCCAGAGCUAUUGGGUGGACGUGACUCUGAAUCCACACACAGCUAACUUAAAUCUUGUCAUGUCUAAAAACCGAAGACAGGUGAGAUUUGUGGGUGCCAAGCUGUCUGGGUCUUACCUAGAAGAGCAUUAUGACUGUGGUAUCCUGGGCUCUCAGCACUUCUCCUCUGGGAAACAUUACUGGGAGGUGGAUGUGACCAAGAAGACUGACUGGAUCCUAGGGGUAUGCUGUAAUUCAGUUGACUCUACGUACUGUUUCAACCAGUUUACGAACAGUCGGAAUGUUUACUCCAGAUACCAACCUCAGAGUGGCUACUGGGUGAUCGGGCUGCAUCAUAAACAUGAAUAUAGAGCCUAUGAGGAGUCUUCCACUUCCCUGCUCCUCUCCAUGAUGGUGCCCCCUCGCCGUGUUGGGGUUUUCUUAGACUAUGAGGCCGGCACUGUCUCCUUUUAUAAUGUCACGAACCAUGGCUUUCCCAUCUACACCUUCUCUAAAUAUUACUUUCCUACCACCCUUUCUCCAUAUUUUAAUCCUUGCAACUGUGUAGUCCCAAUGACCCUGCGUCGGCCAAGCCCUUGAACGUUCCUCUGUCUGCAUCCACAUCUGAGCAGGAUCCUUCACUCUGAGAUUCAUCUGUACCUCAGUCUCUCCUUUCUGAACUUCCAUUUUCUCGUAUUCUUACAUCCUUCCCUUCAGACAUUGGCUCAGCGCCAAAAUAUACCCAGAGGUGAUAGUUAACAUCCCUAAUUAAUUACAGAUCUUGGGAUGGGUUGGGGGGUCGCUUUCAACAUGUUACCCUUAAGCAUGAUAUUUGACGGAGUUUUUUUUGUUGUUGCUGAUUCAUGGGAGCAAAUUCAGCAGGUUCCUUUCUAUUAAUUUGCUAUACUUUUUGGUACUGAAUGGAAAAUUGAAUUUUAGCAGAUAGUAUCUAUAAUUAUUGAGAUAAUCCUCUGUCAUUUUUAUUCUGUAACUGGAAUACAUUGAUUUGUUUCCAUUUUUAAGUGUAACACCAAGCCCUGGAAUAAAUCACUGUUCUUCAUGUGCAAUAUUGGAUUUGUUUUUGCUAAUACAUUGUUUAAGUUUCAUUUCUAUCUCCAUUUAUGAAAAAAAUUGACCUGCAUUGUAACAUUGUUGUCAGGUUUUAUAAAAUGCAAUGAAUAAGCAAAGAAAUUACUGUAUUUCUGUGUAAGUAUAUAUAGGAUAGAGUGCUAAAAAGCAUUAUACAAGUUAACUUUGGUGGAUUUAAAUUCAAAGAAAGAAAUCUUAACUUCCGUUUUCACUGCAACCUUCAUGGAUUUAAAAAUUUAAGGGUAGUAAUUGAAAAUUUAAAACAAAUUCUCUCAAAUUCACUGAAGUAGAUAAAGGGAGAGAAGAAAAUGAUCACUCCAAUACAGAUUUUUCUCCCAGAAUGGGAGGGAAACAUACCAAGAAAAUAUAAAGUGGUUUUAGGAAGAGAACGAGUUUUUCGGGCUUCACGGCCUAUCUUUAUGCUCAAACGUGAACAGCUUGUGGGUGAGCUGCUAUGACUUUGCUAGAGGUGGUGUAUGCUUUUGAGCCAGCUCUAGAAGAAAUUAGGAGGUGGAUGUGAGUGUGGAAACAAAUAUCAAGGAGUCGACUAGAGCUGCUGUCCAGUAUGGUAGCCAAGAGCUACCAGUGGCUAUUGAGUACUUCAGAUGUGACUAGUCUGAAUUGAAGUGUGCUUUAUGUAUAAAAUGCACACCUGACUUUGAAGACUUAAUUUUAAAAAACAA